AUGCUUCGGAGCAUUGAUUUGCAACAAACCGAUUGACGCAAAUGGCCUCCGCAAAAGACGCCAAAGGAAGACCGAAAAGCGUUCGCUCGCCCUCGCCGCCGGCAGACAAGGCCUGCGCGAAGGGUCAGAAGACCAAGGGCAAGGCAACGACCGAUGCCGAGCCGACGACCGAUGCGCCAACCACCGAUCAGGCCGAGCCGCGCGACGUCGUCGCGGACGUGGUGGCAACAGUCGAGACGGCUACGGACGCGGUGACGACAGUUGAGACGGCCAUCGACGAGACGGAGAUAGCUACCGACGUGACGCCAACCAAGGCCACCCCACAGAUAUUCAAGAAGCAAAUCGUGAAAGAAGCGCCUGUCGUGUGGUGCGACGAGAGCAUCUCAAAGCUCUUUGAGCUUCGGUACAAGUCGGAACUUGCGAAGAAGUUCAACUCGAGAAACAACAUGCAGAAGAACUACGCGGGUGAGUGUCUUGCUGCCGAGCUCAGUGUCCUCAUGGGGCGUACGUUCACGGUCAGGCAAAUCAACAACAAGUUUGCUCGCAUGCGAACUGCGUGGUCGACGUUCAAGCCGUCCAACCCAGCCGAAACCGGCAGCGACCCUAGACCAACGAACCCGCCGUCGCACUACGAUCUUAUGCUCGAGUACUGGUUGGAGAAGCCUGGCAUGCAGCGCGAGACAUUGGCCUCAACGGACGAUGUUCCCGACACGGGUAGCUCCGACGACGACGACGACGGCCAGAGUGUCGUCGUUCUGGAUGACGACUCUGACCAAGAAUCUGCCCCUGCGAGGAAGAAGCACAAGACACUCUCUGACAAGGGCAAGGCCAAUGAUCGCACGGGCACGAAAAAGCCAAUGGCUUUAGGAGAUGCCAUUGCAGUUGGCUUCUCCGAGUUGAAGGAAGGCCUUGUUGCGAUGAGUGAAGCCCUUGCUCGCCCGCAGAUCCAGCAAGCCGCCCCGCAAGGUGCUCCGCAAGGAACCGCGUCGAUAGACGACGUGUUACGCGCCAUCAAAACUCAGUCGGAUCUGAUGAUGCAAAUGAUCGCGGCCAUCGCUGCGAAGCAAUAAUCGAUGUUACAAGGUUAAUCGUUGAUUUGUCGCAUCACUACCGGAUCAUGUUGGCG